GUCGCGUGAUUUCACAUAAUUCUAUAUUGUAUGCUCUUCAGAAACACGAAUUUAUACGAGAAAUAUCGAUCGCCCGGGCGCAUCGAACGCUCCUUCUUAUUUAUCGCCAGUACAGGUGGCUCGUCUCUAUGGCAACGUCGAGGCGCCAAUAAGAAAACACAUGGCCUGUGGAAGCGUGUCUCAAUCACAGUGUGAUUCAGUCUUUCGGCGUAUUUCCUCGUGCAGAAAUGUCCUAUCGCGAUUUACGUAAUUUCACGGAGAUGAUGAGGGUGCUGGGCUACCCGAGGCUGAUUUCCAUCGCAAACUUUCGCGUACCGAACUUCCCUCUAGUCGCGGAGAUUUUGAUCUGGCUGGUGAAACGCUUUGACCCGGACGUCGAUAUUUCUAACGAUCACGAUAUCGAAGAUCAGCGCGUCGCAUUGAUACGCACCGUCGCAGAGUUUAUGGCGUUAAAGACGAGCGUCAAAUUAAACACGAAAAAGCUGUAUCAAGCGGACGGUUACGCGGUGAAGGAAAUGUUGAAAAUGACCGUGCUGCUGUACGAAGCGCAAAAUAGCAGCGGCGACGUCGAGCAAGGUCGACCCGCCAGCAAUCAGACCGCGGUGAAUUUCGACAUCUCCGACAAGAUCAACGAGCUGAAAACGACGCGGCAGCUCGCCAGUCAACUGACCAUCAAUGGAGCGACUCUCUUCGACCUGCUCGGCCGAGAAGUGGAGCUCCGUGAGAUUCGCAAUACCAAAGUCGCCCGGCAGUUUGACACCUCGGAGAUCGAGGUGGCUUUAAAAGACGUCCUCGACAGCACGCGCAAGGAGAUGGACGAUACCAGAAAGCAGAUCGACAAUGUCAAGGACACGGAGCAAAACUUGGACGCGAGGAUCGAAAGACGGCGGACGGAGCUCGACAGAAACCAAAAGAGACUUCAAACGUUAAAGAAAGUCCGUCCAGCCUUCAUGGAGGAAUUCGAGAAACUCGAGGUCGAGCUGAGGUCUUUGUACGACGAUUACUUGCAGAAAUUCCGCUAUCUAGCGUAUCUGGAACACUUGUACGAAGACGCGGCUAAGGCGGAGCAGGAAAGAUUCGAAAGACGGCAAGCCGCGACCAGGAAGCAACUGGAGCAAAUGAGAGCCGAGGACACGAGCUUCGAGAGCAUGAUGGAAGGGAAUGACUCGAUCUUCGCGACGAAUCUCCAGGAGCCCCUGGUCGCUUCCCUGACAAAUCCGAAAGCAACGGCGGCGGAAAAGUCCGUCGAGUCCGCCCACGUGAAACCAGCCACAGCCGGCAGGGCCUCGAAGAUGCAGUACGGCCAACGGCGCAUCUACGGCAGCAUGUCCGGCCGGCAGAGAGGCACGAUCCAGGAGUCGAACGACAGCGACGGCUCGUUGGACAGCGACAGCGAUCUGCUGAUCGACGGGGACCUCGACGACGACGACGACGACGACUUGUUAAAUUCCGUCGGGACGACCGAUAUCGGCGGUUUUAAUCUCAAGGCCGGCCAAGAGAAGCGGGCCGUCAGUAAGAUCGACCACUCGGACGAGGACUUUUAAUCGCGAAUCGGAAGCCGCGAAAAAGUCCGCCGUCACGCUCGUUUUCCAUCACAUUUCUUUUCUGUGGACAUUUGCGGGGUAAACAGGGGAAAACGUGUAUUCGGGUUGGUGAGAAAAAUAUACAACGUAUGGAAACGAUA